UAUAGCAGCCAACAAUGAGCAUGCUAAGGCUAGUUAUUAUUUGGAAAAAAUUUAUUUGAAUAGUGAGUGUGGUGUUAAGAAAGAUAAGCAAUCUGGGUUGAAAUAUUUGAGAUCUGCGGCAUUAA